AUGAUUGCAAUACGCAAUUAUAAACGGCCACAAAGCACUUUGAGCGACGGUUUGGACACAAGUGAUCGAUACACAUCGCAUCCGCUUAACAGCUAUGACUACAGUAUUUGUCUAAUCCGCGCUCCGCUGCUCUCUUUAUUGAGUGUAGAGAAUGGGCCUACUUUUAAAUUCAAGCCUUUUAAAAGUCCACUCCAGGGCCACGUUCCUGGUAGCAGUGCUGAAUCUCAAAGGAAGACUCUAGGGUGUAAAAUCAAGAGUCUCAAUAAUUAUUCGUGUCGCCAAUUCAUCAAGUCAUCCCGCUCAAAUUUGGAGAUUGAUGAUGUUGAUUACUCCGAUGUCGAUCCAUUGGUGUUGUAUACACCUUCUCCGGAGUCUAAAAUUCUCAAGCCAGUUGUGGUGGAUCCCAUGCUUUCCAAACACUUGCGGGACCACCAAAGGGAAGGUGUCCAAUUUGUCUUUGAUUGCCUCUCCGGACUAAAAAAAUUCGAUGGCCAAGGGUGUAUCCUAGCAGAUGAUAUGGGGUUGGGUAAAACUCUGCAGAGUAUUACUGUCAUGUGGACUCUGUUAAAUCAAGGUAUUACUGGGAAACCAGCCGCCAGGAAAUGUGCUAUUAUAUGUCCUGCAACAUUGGUUAGCAACUGGGAAAGUGAAAUUGCAAAGUGGUUAAAAGGGCGCUGCCCGUGUACCGCUGUUUCAGAUAAUAGCAGAGAGAAAGUGGUAUCAAAAUUUCAGGGCUUCAAAUACGACUACAAGUCAAGAGUGAUAAUAUCUAGCUAUGAAACAUUCAGAUUGCACGUUGAUAAGUUGGAAGGCGUACCUAUUGAUAUUAUUAUUUGUGACGAAGCACACCGUUUGAAAAAUGAUAAAGCCCAAUCUACUAAGUGUAUAAUCAACAUACCCGCGAAGAUGCGUUUGUUGCUUUCUGGAACUCCAAUACAGAACGAUUUAAACGAAUUUUACGCAUUAGUAUCAAUAUGCAACCCUAAUGCGCUGGGCGAUAUCAAUUAUUUCCGAAAAACAUACGCAAAUCCAAUUGUAAAUGGGCGAUCCAGUGACAUUUCAUCAAAAGAGUAUAAAUUGGCCGAGCUAAGACUAAAAGAAUUGUCAGAUAUCACCAACCAAUUUGUGCUUAGGCGCACUAAUGCACUUUUAUCUAAAUUACUGCCCCCAAAGAUUACAAUGAAUGUAUUUUGCAAUAUGACGCCAAUUCAGCAGACAAUGUACGACCUAUUUACUACGACAAAAAUUUUGUAUAAAAAGACCGAUAGCAAAAUACCAAAUAAGGGGUUACUUGCCAUUAAGGGGCUAAUGGCUCUUUGUAACCAUCCAUUCCUAAUCAGCGAUCCAUCUAAGCUUGGAAUCGAUGGAUUGAAUGAUAUGAUACAGGAACUCAAAUACGCAUCCAAUGGCCGUUCUAAAAACAUUCGAUAUGAUCUUUCGGGCAAAUUAUAUUUGCUUUACUGCUUGCUACAUGAGAUUAAGUGGAACACUGAUGACAAAGUGGUAAUUGUUUCAUACUACACGCAAACAUUGUCUUUGAUUAAGAGAUUAUGCCGCGAGUGUAAUUACACUUAUACAUGUCUUGACGGUUCAGUUCCACCUAAGAAACGACAUGCUCUAGUAACGAAAUUCAAUGAUCCUUUCUCUGAUAUUUUCGUAUUUUUACUUUCCUCAAAGGCUGGCGGGGCUGGGGUUAAUCUUAUAGGGGCAAACAGGCUGAUCAUGUUUGACCCAGAUUGGAAUCCUGCCUUUGAUUACCAAGCUUUGGCCAGGAUUUGGAGAGAUGGACAAAGAAAAGUAUCAUACAUUUAUCGCUUGUUUUGUAAUGGAACCAUAGAAGAAAAGAUUUUACAGCGGCAAUUAUCAAAAGGAUCAUUAAGUUCCAUGCUUGUAACUGAUGGGCAAAAUGAGAUAGUUGAAGGGUUGUCUAUGGAAGAUUUACGUGACAUAUUUACACUGAAAACCAACACAUUGUCAAAUACGCACGACACUAUUGGAUGUAAGAAUUGUACAGAUAAAUCAUACAAAGCACAGGAUGUGGAUUUUGAUGAAAAAGAUUUAAAUACUUGGGCUCAUCACUCGGACAUCGAAACCCUUCCAGACGAAAUACUGCGUAAUGCCGCGACCAGGAUACCAGAGACACUUAUCGGUACUAUAAGCGAACCGCCCAAAGGUUAUAGGCCUGUAUCGUUUGUAUUCAGCUGCUAUAUUGAUUUCAAACAACAAACCAUUCAACAUAAUACCGACGAUAUAAAAAAUAGUGAAGAUGAAAGCAACCUCGUGAAUACCACCAAAAUUGUGGCAAAAAACCCCGCCAAGGAAGCUGAAAAUGUGGUAAAUGUGGUAAAAGAGCCAACAAGGUUGAGGGAGAAAGAGAGAACAAGAAAGGACAGUGAUUAUUUGUACUUGGAAGAAUCAUUAUUUAGCGAUUCCGAUUAA